AUGAUCAAUGCUGCCAACGAUGGUAGCAUAGUUCCCCCAGAUGCUGAUUUGGCAGCACCCAUUGUGGCUGGCGUGCUUGCAGUUGCUGCGAUCCUCCUGUUGAUGCUUUAUUUCUUUUGCAAGUUCUGUCGCCAAGAUUCGGUGCUGCCCGAGCGACCUGUGCCGCCGGUGCCUCCUGGUGUGCCGCCCCAAGUGCAAGAGCAUGUGGCUGCUUGGGAUCCUGAUGAAGAAGCCCUUUGGAUACACGGGGGCAACAACGGAAGCAGCUCGCUUGAAGACUUGUGGAAGCUAUCCAGCAACAGUUGGGUUCUGGUGGACAACAUGGCUCCUGCUCGAAGCAAUCACGUGGCUGUGUGGGAUACAUGGAGUUCUGCUUUGUGGAUUCAUGGUGGAUAUGACGGUGCUUUGAAGUCAGACAUUUGGAAGUUUGACUCCAGAAGCAGCAUUUGGAGUCGUAUCCAAGAUACCAACCCACCUUCAGCAAGGGCUCAUCAUGUGGCUGCAUUCGAUGAGAUUGCCCGCGUAAUUUGGAUCCAUGCUGGGUAUGAUGGAAGCUUGUGCCAAGAUCUCUGGAAAUUUGACAUGAACACUUACCACUGGACUUGGGUCUCAAGCGAUGGUCCUUCUGCGAGAGCAUACCAUGCUGCUGGUUGGGAUCCUAUGAACCUUGCUCUUUGGAUUCAUGGUGGAUUUGACGGUGUUGCUCUUCAAGACCUCUGGAGAUUCAGCACCUUAGGAAACACAUGGGAACUCAUAGCAGAUGGAGGUCCUUCACCCCGCUAUAAUCACGUGGCUGCUUGGGAUGUUGCGAGCCUGUCCUUCGUGAUUCAUGGAGGGUAUGGGGGUGGCCUGCUGCAGGACCUAUGGAGGUUUCAAGCUUCCACAAUGACGGUAUCCAGCUCAUCUACACACACAAGUACUUCUUCAACGAGCACCAGCUCAACGAGCACUUCUUCAACGACUUCAGCUGAUUUCAAUGCUUCAAUUGAUGGUCUGUUUCCUCUUACCCCAGCAACUCCAGAUUUGACAACAUGUUUUGUGGCGAUAGGGCUUGGCAUACCUGCGAUCUUGCUGCUGAUGCUGUAUUUGUUUUGCAAAUUCAGCCGCACGCGUGGAGUGGCACCCUUGCCACCGCCGCUGCCACCGCCCAUACCACCAGCUUCCCUCAACCUCCGCACCAACACUCAGUUUCUAGACGCACCCCCACCCCCUCUACCACCCUGUCACUCACGCGAACCAAUGUACCUGCCAGACAUCACUCUCUCGGUUGCACCCUUGUCUCACAAGGCCGACGACGAGAGUUGCCCCUCACAAAUUUGUAUAGAAGUUGCCCCAGAGGCAGAGCUACCCAUUGAUGCGGUAGAUGUGCACGUAGCACUGGCGCCUGUCGGGUCAUGUGAGGAACCAGUUGACUCUCUACGACCGAGGUGCCCACACCGAACACAGACAGUGCCACGGCUUCAAGAAGCCCAGAACGGGACUGCCAGAGACGCACCAGAUUCCUCCGAGCGAAGACAGGGGAUGCGAGUCGAGCAGAGAAGAGUGGAGGCGGAAGGCACCGUCUGGACGGAAGAACAGUCACGUUUCUCCCAGAGCCCAGUUUGCCUUCAGCAUGUCACUGGUGACACCGUGACAGAGCAGUGGGCGAGCCCAAAUGAGAGAACACUCAAAUGGAGCCGGCUGAUAGCCAGGUGCUAUGAAGAUAAGCCCAGGAAAGCACCAGAGGUACACCGAGAUCCACAAAUGCAUCGGGCAUCAGAUGCUCCAGUGAACCGAGUUUCAGACAAGAUUAACCCGCCACAAAUAGACAGGCGGCGAAAGCCACGCUUCCCGGGCAGAACAGAAAGUGCACCACAGCUUUCACAGCCAGCCGGGAACACAAAUGCAACACACUUUGGAAGAGUGCCGAUUGCAGCAGACUUACUGCCUACUCCUCCAACACCUCAGCCACAGUCAUCACGGCUUGCAGAGCCUCCACCCAGACAUGAACGAGAGCAUUAUCCUGGGCCUGCUCCAUUUUUGAGCCUUGGCCCACGAGGAACUUGCCAUGCGAACACCUUCAGCACUCGAGAAGAAGCGGCACCGGCUCCAGUUGACGGGCAUGUAGUUGUGGCUUCCAAAGCCAACUUGCCUGCAAGAUAG